AUGCUUUCAAUAGAAAAAGAAAAUUCAAGAGUUGCUACAACUAAACCAUUAGAUGAACUUUUUACGAAUGUCGGUCAAAAGUUUGAGACAGAGACCGUAAAGCAUGAAGGCUAUCGUUUUGACUACCCGUUAAGAUGGCUAAGAGACCCAUCCGUCACAAAAGCUAUUGGCUUUCGUAGAAUGAAAUUCAUUUCAGAAGCCAUACAUGGUUUCCCAUUUACGGUCGCUUUUGAAGUUCGAUACUAUAACAAAGAAAAACGUACGUAUGAGAAAUUUGAACAGGGAAAACUUUUACAAGUUAGUUUGCUUGUAAACUUAGAAACAACUCUUCAAGCUUUUCAAGAAAAAAUAAACGAUAUCUAUCUCGAAUAUGCAAAACAGUACAACAUUGACGAAGGAGAGUACCAUCUCGAUAUUAUAUAUGACAGGAAAAAUGCAACUGUUAAAAUCAAUAGAAUAGAAGACCUUGGAGAAGACGUUUAUAUUUCUACAAAAUAUAACAACUUGGCAUGGUAUAGAUUUUUGAGGAUGUUAAAUCAGCCUGCAGAAUAUCCAGUACACCCGAACUUUUAUGA